AAAACUAGCGACGAAAAAUACCUACCUAAGGUACCGUUAGAAAUCACGCUUGCCCGAGUUGAAAAAUCAUUUGCCAACCGACAACUCCCAAUUCGUUCCGUGGUAUCAGCCACGCAGACAGAGUGGGAGGGGAAAAUAUGCAUGGAGCUUGCAUCGUUCAAAUCGCCUCCAAUCUUCCUCGUACCUCCACUUAAUAAAUCUUGAACAACAUAUCACAUUGUUUCGACUAUUCUCUUUCGUAUCAACCACGCCGCGUCAACCUUGCCCCAGGGUGGUAGGGUGCUUACGUGGGGAGGCUAGGGCAACAUUAUCCCAGGUCUCCUCUUUGUUUAAGUUUACUUCGGGCAAUUUAGCCUCACGAUACGAUAUUGUUUGUUCUCACAAUGGCGUCCAAGACUCAGUCCGACGUUACUCCUGCCCGGGUUGGCUUCGUCGCCAUCUACAAUCCCAGCCUGGGGGCAACGGAUGAGACGAUGGAUGACCAAAUCGUCUACUAUGCAUCUGUCAUUAUGGACACCAGCAGAUCAAAGCGACGCAAGCUACGCUCCCGUCUGACCACCAGCUUGACCCAGGAGGAGCGUAACGAGCGUCUCCGCCAGAUAGGCCUGGCCCAGGGAAUGGUUGAGUUCGGAAGGAGCUUUUCGGGCGAGCGGCCGGUCGACACAGUCGAGACUGAGAAGUCGAGGGUCAUUAUGCAUGAGCUGGAGCCGGGCUGGUGGAUUCUUGCCUCGAUUGAUCUCACAAAAAUACCCACUGCCAUGGGCAAGCAGGCCCCUUCAGCCGCUUCUGCCAAGAGCGUAUCAGAUGCCGGAAGUUCGCUGGACAAUUUCGAGUACUCCUCGAAGGACGUGAAACCUGCAGCUCUGCUGCUUCAAGAUCUAUUACGGUCGCAUUGUCUUUUCCUUCUGCAUCACGAUUCGUCUCUCAGCUCGCUUUUUGUGCGGGUCAAGCGUACGAGGUUCAUUGCCUUGCUAAGUCGUUACUGGGAUCGUUUUCUUUCAACUUGGAACGUGAUGCUUCACGGCAACCCGACUGUAAACGUUUUUGGAGGCAUCAAGCUUGCGGCCUCUGGCGAGCUUGGCGUCGGGGUCGGGGAAGAGGAGAGAGGCAGUGGAGAACGUGAGGUUCUUGAGGGCCUGGUCGGCAGGAUCGAGGGCCUAGUUGACAUUGUCGUCUCGAAGUUUGGCACAUAUGAUCCGGAUACACCCAUACCGGCCUCAUCACCAAGUGAUCCCCUGGCGGGCUUAGCACAAGCGACAGAUCAGUGGCUUGGCACUGGACUUGAGCCUGCGGCCGAGGAUGGGGCAAUUUUUCUCGGGACAGGGGCUGUCUCGCGGCCGUCGCUGAGAAACAUUACUCAGUGGAUGGAAGACAUAUAUUCCUGGGGAGAGAAUGCAUAUGGCGUUCACGAAAGCUCGACCUCGACCAGAAGGCCAAAACCGCGGAAAAAGCACGACACACAUGUGGAUGAGGCAGCCUCAGAGCCUGUAAUAUGGCCGCCACCUCCAGUCACCGAACUGGCCAAACGGUCAAAACCCCAGGCCACUUCGGCGAAUACUCCUUCUCCUCCACAGCCUCAGCAGGAUAGCUCAGGCGCCGGCACUGAAAGCACCAUUCAGAAUGCUGAGCAAGUAGGAGAUAAUGAUGGCGCAAACACAUACGCAGAUUAUUUCAAGCUUGGCUACGGCAAGUAUUGGUCCAUUGGCAGUUCCGCCACGUCCAAGGUGGGCGAGACAUCGGCGGAUGCAAAACCUGGAAGUGACAACAAAAACCCCCCACCAACUGCAAUGGCUUCUAAUCCCCCAAGACCGUCUGUCGGUCGACGGACAUCGUCCGAGUAUGACUCUAUCGGACGUUUCAUCAUUGGCCUGAUGGGCGACAUCGAGGAGCAUGAAAAAAGUAGCGAUGGUGAGGUUUCGUGGCCGGACGAGGGCGACAACAACUCUCGCACUAUGCUAAGAACCCUGACGGUGGAACUCGAAGAGUCAGAGGACCGGAAGCGGUCAGAGUCACAGACCCAGAGGGCCCUGGGUAGCCAUGAUACUGAACUGGCACAGGACCCGGUUGACCUGGACUGCGGGCGCGAUGAAGGCCAAAGGACGCCAAGUAGUGCCGCGGCUGCAGCUGCUCGACCCGCUGCGUUCAACAGCCAAGAUCGCAACAAAGUAGAGAAGAUGCGUGUUGUGAUUUAUGUCAACAGGCCCUUCAUGUUUACGUUUUUGUUCAAGUUGCGAACAGACUCACUCGCCUGGGACCGCCUCUACAAGUCGCUCCAUUAUCAACUAUCUCCCCUACGCAAGCACUUGCUCAAGUCGACCACGUACAGGGCUGCAAAGCCUGAUGUCGGCGCAUCCAAGGGCGGAGCGGCUGGUUCGGCAAAUGGUGAUAUUUACGAUCUCAUAUGGGACCCAAAGGCCCUCACAGUGCAGUCGACUAUACCAACGAUUCCAGAUCCGACAUCCAUGGCUGCAGCCGCUGUUUUGUCCAAAGAGCUGCCCAUAUGGUCGAGAGCUGAGGCUAUCAAUACGCACACUCAUAUGCUGAACAUGUAUAUAGCCACCCGUGGAAAUCAGUCCGAACUCGAGCGCACAUGCAAGACCAGCCGUGGCUGGUGGGUUUUAUGGAGCCGGGUUCUGGAUCGGAAAGGCUCAACUCCCAGAUCCCAAUCCCCAUGGGGGGCCAUAUCAGAAACGCCAGACGAUUCAGGCGUUGUGGAAGAAAGCAGUGAUUCUGGAGAUGCCUCGGACGACACCAAGAAGCCAUUCUACCCACAGCAGCCAGAGGUCAGCAACGAGAUUUUCCUGCUUCGCAAGGCCAGCGACCAUCCCAGCAACAUGGGAAGCGCAGGACCGUUCAGGAACGUCAGCGCCUCCUCGUCGGCCGGAGGCUGGGCAGAUGGUGCCAGCCGGAUUGCACAAGGUAUUGGUAUUGACACGCGCAAGUACAUCGAGGGCCUGUUGAGUCUAAAUCGAUGACUUCAGUGAGCAAAUGGGCGAAUCGAAUUCAAUGGGAGCCGAGGAAUAGCAAGAUUGAUGCGACCACGAUUCUUUGUUUCACUUCAUCCCGUUUCUUCCCUUUUUUUUCUCUUUCAUUCUUUUUUCGUUUCUUCUAUUCGACGGUCAUAGAACCAUGGGCCUCAGGAUGUUGAAGGAUAUCCCUAUUACGCAAAGAUGGCAUUCAUUGAGACUCUGAUUGCGAAACAUGUUUAUGUGUAUCUCUUCCCCUUAAUACACUGGGAUGUCUGUCACAACGCCACAUUACCAUGG